AUGCAAAACCAGACCACAGUGACUGAGUUUACCCUGACGGCCUUUCCUGUUCUUCAGAAGCUUCAAAUUUCCCUUUUUGUGGUCCUCUUGUUUACUUACACACUUACUCUCACAGGAAACAUUGCCAUCAUUUCCCUAAUAUGGGCGGAUCAUCGCCUCCAAACCCCAAUGUACUUCUUCCUCAGUAAUUUGUCACUUUUGGACAUUUUUUACACCACCUCAGUUACCCCAAAACUAUUAGCCUGUCUCCUGCAGGACAAGAAGACCAUAUCUUUUGCUGGCUGCAUCACCCAAACUUAUUUCUUUUUUUUCUUGGGGACAGUGGAGUUUAUUCUCUUGGCAGUGAUGUCCUUUGACCGCUACGUGGCCAUCUGUGACCCCCUGCACUACACCACCAUCAUGAACAGCAGGGCCUGCCACCUACUAGUUCUGGGCUGCUGGGUUGGAGCCUUCCUGUCUGUGUUGUCCCCAACCAUUGUGGUAUCCAGAUUGCCUUUUUGUUAUAAGGAAAUUAAUCACUUCUUCUGUGACAUUGCCCCUCUGCUACACAUAUCCUGUAAAGACACUCAUUUCAUCGAGAUGAUAAACUUCCUCUUAUCUUCCCUCGUCCUCCUUACCUCAUUGGUGCUCACCACCAUGUCCUACAUCUACAUCAUCUCUACCAUCCUGCGUAUCCCCUCAGCCCAAGGACGUCGGAAGGCCUUUUCCACCUGCACUUCCCACAUCACUGUCGUUUCCAUUGCCUAUGGGAGCAACAUCUUCAUGUAUGUGAGGCCCAGCCAGAGUCACUCACUGGAUUUUGACAAGGUGACAGCUAUCCUUACCACAAUGGUGACCCCUCUUCUGAAUCCUUUCAUUUAUAGUCUCAGAAAUGAAAAGGUAAAGGAAGUCUUGAAAGAAGCAAUCAGCAAAAUUAUGUCCUCAUAA